AUGUUACGAAAUAUUAUAAUUGAUUACGGCGCUUCUAAUGAAAUAUCACCAAGCGAGUAUAUGAAAAAUUACAUUGAAAAGUGCCCCGAGACUAUGGGUGAUGACAAAAUCUCUUGGGUUGUUGAAACUUUCUUAAGUAUUCAAAAAAAUGGACAAUUUCUAAAGGAAAUGGUAUCUUAUGUAUCUAAAGAACUCUCUGAAGAAGACCAAGAUUAUUUCUUAAUAGCCUUUCAUGCCAUAACUUUUCAAAUUACGCCAAAUGAUAUGCCAUCAGUAUAUAAAUGUUUGUUUAACUUAAGUAAGUCUUUACUUGCUGUAUUCGCAACAUUUUUAAGUAAUAACGAAAUUCUUACAUUUAUAUCACAAGUGGCACAAUCAGAUUAUGACACAAAUUUUGUAACAGAAAAAAUAAUAAGUCCUUUAUUUUCUUGGCAACCAUAUAUAAGUGAAAUGGCACAUAGCUAUGCUCAAUUCGUUAAAAAGGUAGAAAAACAGAGUAUAAAACAGCCAACCGUGCCGAUAUCACCGAAGGUUCUAAAUAGAAGAAGUAAAAAGCCGCAGUGUAACAACGUUAUUUUACCUACUACUCCCCCAAAUUCUCUAUGUACUAAACGAAAAACAAUGCUUACUAAAGAAGUAAUUGAUGAAAAACUAAAAAAAAACUAUGAUAAUAACAAACAAAAAGCUUUAAAACUCUUAAAAACUGUAAAAACAAAUAAUGUUCACUACGCCCAAAUUAAGCCGGAUAAACCUCAUAAGAAAAUGAAUAAUUAUUUAGAAAAAGUUAAUAAUAAACAAAAAGUUGGUAUUCCAAAAUUUACAUCGAAGUCCAAUAUAAACUAUACAGUACCUGUUUUAAAAGAGACAUCGACUACAGUGAAAAGAAUAAAUAAAAGAAUUGAAUUGACAGAACAAGAAGAAAUUCAGUGGCUACAAGAUUUAGUAAAUGACUGUCGAAACACAACGAAAAUUGAAGAACUUGAAUGCAAUGAUCGUCAAAAAAGAGAAAGAGAAAGAUUAAUAGAUAUUGAAAGAAAGCAUCUGUUAGGGCAAAUUUCUUAUGAAGAAGCAAUUAUUGCAAAAAAGAAACUGUUUGAGGAAAACAAACAAAAAUAUUCGGAAUUCUUAAAAGAGAAACAACAAUGGGAAGAAGAAAUUGAAAAGUGGAAAAGAUAUGAAAUGGAAAAAAAUAGGAAACAGGUUGAAAAGUUGUCGCUUGUUGAAUUAUGCAUGCUUCAUGCAAAAAAUAAUUUAUUGAUGGAAAAGAAACGAGUUGCUGAUGAAUUAAAAAAGGAAUCUGAGCAAAUGUUAGAAAUUGCCAUGAAAAAUAAACAAGAAGAAUUAGAACAAAAGAUUAAAAUGAUACAAGAAAUAAAGAUAUUAGCAAAAAUUGCAAAAAAGGCAAAAGCUCCAAAAAUUAUAGAUUUGACAGAAUCUUCUGGUGUAGGUUUAUUGUGUGAAAUGUCUAUUGCAGAAUUACAAGAAAAAUUGAAUAUUAUUAAAAUUGGACUGAAAGAAGAUCUUGAGAACAAAAAAAGAAUAAUAAAAGAAAAAAAUUUGUCCGCAAAGCGUGAUAUGGAAGAAUCAAAACGAUCUAUUAAAACUUAUAUGUCAGAACGAGCAGAACUAAGAAAAAAAAAUCAAUCCACUAAAACUGCUAUUGAUAUAUCAUCUAGCAAGGAGAUAAAUCACUUAAAAAAUAUAUUGGAUGAAAAGAGAAAAUUACGUGUUAAUCUUGCCGUU